UCAGCUCUCUCCUUACAUCUCUCUAAAACCCUAAAACCCUCUUCUCCGCCACUGCACUCGUGUUCUUGGGUUUCUUCAUCAAUGGCUUCUGUUGCUCUCAGAAACCCUAAUUCUAGGCGCUUUCUUCCACUUUCUUCUAAAAUCUACUCUUCCUGUCGGGGAUCCAUCUCCACUCAGUUCUCCAUCUCUCCAAAUGACUCAACCUCGUCUCCUCCUCCCACUAUUCCAUGGUGGCGAUCUAUGGGCACCUUCACUCGCACAAAGCCUCAUGUUAAUGUGGGAACUAUUGGGCAUGUUGAUCAUGGGAAGACUACAUUGACUGCUGCUAUUACAAAGGUGCUUGCAGAGGAAGGAAAAGCAAAGGCAGUUGCCUUCGAUGAAAUUGACAAGGCUCCUGAAGAGAAGAAGAGAGGAAUUACAAUUGCAACGGCCCAUGUCGAGUAUGAGACUACUAAGCGGCACUAUGCCCAUGUGGACUGUCCAGGACAUGCGGAUUAUGUGAAGAAUAUGAUUACUGGAGCUGCCCAAAUGGAUGGUGGUAUUCUGGUUGUUUCUGCUCCUGAUGGGCCCAUGCCACAGACAAAGGAACACAUUUUACUUGCACGCCAGGUCGGUGUGCCAUCAUUGGUCUGUUUCUUAAAUAAAGUUGAUGCUACUGAUGAUCCAGAGUUAGUGGACCUUGUAGAAAUGGAACUCCGUGAGCUUCUUAGCUUCUACAAGUUCCCUGGGGAUGAAAUUCCCAUCAUUCGGGGCUCGGCUUUGUGCGCUUUACAGGGAACUAAUGAAGAAAUAGGAAAACAGGCUAUUUUGAAGUUAAUGGAUGCUGUUGAUGAGUAUAUUCCUGACCCUGUGCGACAGCUUGACAAGCCUUUUCUAAUGCCAAUUGAAGAUGUUUUCUCAAUUCAGGGACGUGGAACAGUAGCUACUGGUCGAGUUGAACAAGGAACAAUUAAAGUUGGAGAGGAAGUUGAGAUUUUGGGGUUAACACAGAGUGGUCCUUUGAAAUCCACAGUCACAGGUGUUGAGAUGUUUAAGAAAAUCUUAGAUCAAGGACAAGCUGGUGACAACGUAGGUCUUCUUCUUCGUGGCCUGAAACGGGAAGACAUCCAGCGUGGACAGGUCAUUGCCAAGCCUGGUACUUGCAAAACAUACAAGAGGUUUGAAGCGGAGAUAUAUGUCCUGACGAAAGACGAAGGUGGAAGACAUACUGCCUUCGUCACAAACUAUAGACCUCAGUUUUAUAUGAGGACUGCAGACAUCACUGGGAAGGUUCAAUUGCCUGAAGAAGUUAAGAUGGUUAUGCCUGGGGACAAUGUUACAGCAGUUUUCGAGUUGAUAUCUGCUGUUCCUCUUGAAGCUGGACAAAGAUUUGCUUUGAGAGAGGGAGGUAGGACAGUCGGCGCAGGUGUAGUUUCCAAAGUAAUAAGUUGAUUGCAGUCUUGGGUCCCCUAGGUUUUUUUCUUUUUGCAAGAAAGGGUUGACACCCCAAAAAAACCUGGACUUCUUUUCCUUGGAAAUACGCAUCUGGUAAUUGGGCACAUGCUCUGCAUUUGAUCUGUUUGUUUUCGGCAUUAAGAUAUUAUUAGCUCGUAUGAGUUACAAAUUAUACAGAAAAUUCUGUUUUCAAUGUUUUUUUUUUUAGUGUAUAAUUAGUCAACCUGUCUUGAUCACUUUUGAAACGGUCCCCAUUUGUGCUUAUUGAUGAAUAAAUCCUGUUAGAACAACUGAGGAACCAUUGCUGGCAGCUUGGGAAUUUACAUAUUCUAACUUAUCUCUUUGUUCAAA